CUCACACUCCUCAGCAUCCUCACUGGCUUCAGAUGGAUACUUCAAAAACAAAAAGUGACACAUCAGCCAAAAUUAUCUUCUACGCACUGGUCAGCUCCGUUGGCGGGAUAACGGAGGUGAUCGAAGUUCUGAACAGUAGACGUAGCCUAUCUAAACAGACCGUUCGUGAUUAGGUAGGUGACUUAUCUGAUCUAUCUAGAUCUAUUUAAUUGCGAAACAUGUUUCUAAACAACGAGAAAUAUUGCUGUUACCCUAUUAUGUUCAAUUGUUGAAACAUAUUGCCAACCAACGAGAAACGUUGUUAUUAGGCUACUCUAUAAUACUGAACAAAGAAGUUACUUAUAGGUCUAUUGAAAGUUAGCACAUGAUUCAGCUUAAAUCAAUAUGUGGAAUGUCAUAUUGAAUACCAUAUAUAGACCUUACAGACAUAGCCCAUACAAUCGGCUUGAUGUUAUUUAGAUGUGAUGUGACUGCAACAGUUGGUUAAUAGGCCUAAAUGAAGUAACCUUAUUCCAAACAAUAGGCCUAAGUGGGAGAGGUGAAUGUGGUUUGGGACUGCACAGGACCAUCACAUUUGUUGAAUCAGGGAUAUUCUUCGCGACAGACUUCAUGAUAGAUUGAGCUGAAACAAAGUGGGCCUGGGCCUAUCACUAAGUCACUAAAAUAGAUGUUUCAUUGCUCCUGUAUUUCGUAAACCUACAUACACUUCUAUAUUUGUUGCCUUUUCAUAUCGCCCAUUGUUCAUUAAUUUGUGGAGGCUACUUCCAAAUUCCACAUUCCACCAUUAUGAAUUGUGCAUCAUAUAUUCCCUUUAUUAUAUAAUAGUUGACGGCACCAACAUGGAACCUCUACUUCAUGGACUUCAUGUAGUGGUCAGUCUUAUCUCAUGGUUGUCAAAUAUAGGGACCAGACCUAGAUUUUACCCCAGUUCCAUUGUGGCAUCUCAAAACCCUUUCUCCUCCUCCCAAUCCUUGUAGGCUUGACGAGGGUCAAUGAGGGCUCAUAUUGUGUGUCAGAGGAUAUAGGCCUACUUCUCUUCAACAAUGGCCAAAGAAUUCACAAUGGGCUACUGAUGUUUGCACUAGUGGUGAAUCUCAUUAAAAUAUCACGUUUUCCCAACACAGCAAAAUCUGAAAAGAAUGUUUCAGGCUGUUCUUGAGAAUGUCAAGCAGACCUGUUUGUAACCGACGUUUGGGUAGGUAGCCUACUUUUUAAAAGUGUCCAUUCAACAAUUCCACUUCACAUAAAACUGAUUGUGUGUAUCAUAACCAUUCUUGUGAAUGUAUACAAAAUGUUAAUAACAGAACACGUGUGUCUUCUCACAUUUAUAUUUCAUUGAAACUGACUACUAUGAAAUGUUUUAUUAGUGAUGAUUACAGGCUGAGGUCGUAUUCCAAAAGCUGACUUCACGCAAUUCAUAAGGGACGGAGGAAGUGGGAUGUGCCUACUAUUGGACGGAAUGCGCUAUGACCCAACUUCAUUUACAAUAAAGAAUUGUAUAGGGGGUAGGAAGUCUUGUAGGUUGUCUGUGAGAGUGCUGAAAUGGCGCACUUAAAGGGCUACUGAAACUUAUCUAAAAAGCGGUGGCAUGAUUAUAAUGAGUGUAAAAGUGAACUUCCGGAGUGAAUUUGCGCUAUAUGUCGGUCCAUUAGAACUGGACUGCCAAACUUUGUCGCCCCUCCUCUUGUGCGCAUUUAUAACCAACAUAACUUCAGUCUUGUUUUGAUAUUGUUCAGUUUGCUAUGGAAACCCUUUGGGUUGUUUUUAAAAACUCUAAUCUCUGACAGUCGGCUCCGUAGGAUAGGCAAUGCGAUCUGUCCCUAACUCCAUUCUCUAUUUUUGUGCUUCCUUGUGCUGCCAAGCCCCUGACGUAAUGCUUCGUGUUAAUUAUUAGCAUGUGGGAAGCUAUGCUGAGACUCUCUGAUUGAACAAGAGCAACUGUAGGGAGAAAAGUUAGUCAAGAUGGCAAAACACACUGACCCGGAGUGAAGGGGCACCGCUCCCCCCAAUUUUGAAAUUGUUGCGCCCGUCCAGCGACCAACACCACCGAUGCAACUGUGCCUUGAAGUCUUUGGUGCUUCUCAGUGGAGAAUGUCAUCAAGAGUGGAGCUGAAGUGACAACCUGUGGAGGAGUGCAGCUCAGUGUCCUGCCACCCGUGACCCCCAGUGCCUAAAGGUUCAGAGGGGCGCCCCUGGAGCCCCCUAACUCCUCACCCUCAUGUUCAACUUCACGCCAAAUAAGAAAUCACCAAGCAAGGAUGACACAGCAGUUCAGUUCUGAAUAAAAAAGUGAUAAUCCUCAUGUGCCGAUCACCGCUGGUCCAAGAAGGAAGAGGCCAAGAGAAGAAACGACUGGAACCGCUGCCGACGGAACCUCAGGCCUGAGACCACAGAACAGUGUUAUAAUCAUCCCGGAGCCAAGUGCCAGGAUCCAUUGACCUGUUCUGAACCAGAGCCCGGGUGCUAGUGUCCACCCGUCUGUCUCGUCUGGCGUCCGUCCCGCGGACCAUGAUGUUUCGCGACCAGGUGGGAGUCCUGGCCAGCUGGUUCAAGGGGUGGAAUGAGUGCGAGCAGACUGUGGCCCUGCUCUCCCUCCUCAAGCGGGUCAGUAAAACCCAGGCCCGGUUCCUGCAGCUAUGCCUGGAACACUCGUUGGCAGAAUGCACUGAGCUGCACGUUCUAGAAGGAGAAGCCAACAAUCCAGUGGUGAUCAGCCAAUGGCAAGGCGAGACCAAGGAGCGGGUCAUCUCUCUGGUGCUCACCCACCUGCCGCUGCUGAAGCCGGGCAACGCGGAGGCCAAGGGCGAGUACAUGCGCCUGCUGCCCAAGAUCCUGGCGCACACCAUCGAGCACGGACGCCACCUGGAGGAGAGCCGCCAGCUGCUCUCCUACGCCCUCAUCCACCCGGCCACCUCGCUGGAGGACCGCUCCGCCCUGGCCCUCUGGCUCAACCACCUGGAGGAGCGCGCCGCCUUACGGGGCGACUCCCUGGAGAGAGGAGGAGGAGGCGGAGGAGGAGGGGUGCCGACGGUAGCGGGGCAGCAGGGCGGGCAUCACGGGCAGGUGGUGCCCGGGGCACACCUGUACGCGCCACACCACCAGCGCUACGGCUCGGACGACCGUCUCAACGGGUGGCAGGGCUCCCGAGACUCGGGGCUGGGCAGCUGGCAGCAGCAGGGCUGUGAGAACGGGCACCUCAGCCUGUACCCGUCCUCCUCCGUGCCCACGACCAUCAACACUGUCGGCACCGCACAGGGCAGCAACACCAUCCUGUCUGGCGGGCAGCACAGCCCCCUGAAGCGCUCCGUGUCUCUGACCCCCCCCAUGAGCGGGCCGUCCUGCCAACCCCUGGGCCACGGCUGGCUGUCCCAGGAGGACCUACGGGGGCGUGGCGUGGCCCCCGACCACGCGCCCCUCUCCCCCCAGAGCAGUGUGGCGUCCUCGGGCAGCGGCGGCAGCGAGCACCUGGACGAAGGCUCCGGACUGGGCGGCGCGGCGCUGCGCAGCACCUUCCACGAGGAGGGGAGCGGUAUGCGGGCACCCCGUUCGGUGCCUUUAGUCGAUUGGCCUACCGUGUGGUGCUGGAGCGGGCACUCAAAGGAGAGCACCCCCCCUCGACAAUCGACUACAGAUGUACCGGCGUGGCUAAAGAGUCUGCGUCUCCACAAGUACGCCGCCCUCUUCUCCACCAUGACUUAUGAUGAGAUGAUGUCACUGACAGAGGAGCAGCUGGAGUCACAGAAUGUCACCAAAGGGGCGAGACACAAGAUCAUCAUCAGCAUUCAGAAGCUGAAGGAGAGGCAGAACAUGCUCCGCUCCCUGGAGAAGGAUGUUCUGGAGGGAGGUAACCUGCGCGCCCCUCUGCAGGAGCUCCACCAGAUGAUCCUGACGCCCAUCAAGUCCUUCAGCUCCGAGGAGCCUUCCCAGCAUCCUCUGCUCGGGCCCGAGGGCAAGGCGGGGCUCACAGGGUCCCACAUGGGUGGAGGGGAGGUGGAGUCCAGCACCACCAUCAUCUCCGAGGGAGACAUCCCUGGCCAAUUCACCCGGGUCAUGGGCAAAGUUUGCACACAACUCCUGGUGUCACGGUCGGAUGAAGAGAACAUCAGUUCCUACCUGCAGCUCAUUGAUAAGUGCCUAAUCCACGAGGCUUUCACAGAGACACAGAAGAAGCGCAUGUUGUCAUGGAAACAGCAGGUGCAGAAGCUUUUCCGCUCAUUUCCACGGAAAACUCUCCUGGACAUGGCAGGGUACCGGCAGCAGAGGAGCCGUGGUUUCGGUCAGUCCAGCUCCCUGCCGACGGCGGGUUGUGUGGGUAGUGGUGUGUCGGCGCGGCGGAACCUGCGUCAGUUUGGCAUGCCGUCCAGGAGCCUGCCGGGGGCACGGCUGGGCAUUCUGGGCUCCGCGGGGCUCCUUGGACCAACACCACGCAGCUCCAGCACCACACCUACUGGGCUCAAACAGGGACGACAGGGUCUGUGGUUUGCCAACCCAGGGGGCAGUAACAGCAUGCCAAGUCGCAGUCACAGCUCGGUGCAGCGGACACGCUCUCUGCCCGUCCACACCAACCCCAACACCAUGGUCAUGUUUCAGCAGUCAGAUUCACAGGUGUCCGUGACUGAGCCAGACAUCAACAACCGCCUGGAGUCUCUGUGUCUGAGUAUGACCGAACACGCUCUCGGAGAUGGCGUAGACCGGACAUCCACCAUCUGAGGGCGGAGAUCAGGAGACCCAGGAAGGCGGAGCUUCCCUGCCCCGAGGCCAAGGGAAAGGUCACCCUGAGGUCACAAGCCCAUCCCCACCCAACCUGCACCACCGGCCAAUCUCCAGCCACCCCCACCUGCACAUGCCCAACCCCCCAAGCCAAUGGGAGAGGUGGAAGCCGGGAAGGGGCGGAUCCAAUCAGUGCCAUUUUCAGUUGAGAGAGAGAGAGAUGAGAGAGAGAAAGGGAGAAAGGGAGGGAGGGUCCACCAAGGCUGGUUCCACCAGCACCACCACCUCCACACCUGCUGCAUGUUCUCACAUCCAAGUGUUUUUAUUUAAUUUUUUUUAAAGUAGGAAGUCACUGCACACGUUUGAAAGGAAAGAGCGUAUGCCUUAGCAACGAGACACCUUCAUGACAACCACACCCGCCAUGACGACAGCCUCUCGUGGGCCUCUGCUGGGUCAGGUCAGAUGGUCAGAGUGAGUGAGGAUGUCUGGGCAUGCUGGACACAAGGGUGGAGCAGUCAGAGAGGGGGGGUACAUGAGGGCAGGCCACAAUGCACCCCCCCCCCUCCAUAAACACAACUGAACACACUCUAUAAAUCGUAGGUGGAGUGUUUAUUGAAUAGAUACAAUAAACACACCUGUACACACUCUUCCCAUUGAAAACCCAGAGCACCCAGCUGACAUCAAAGCAGCCAUGAAAGCAUUAGGCUACAGUACACUACAGCUGAGGAGGACAAACCUUGGGGCAAAGCAGCCAUGAUAGCAUUAGGCUACAGUACACUACAGCUGAGGAGGACGACCCUCGGGGCAAAGAAAGCAAACAGCACAGGCAGGCAAAUAGUUUCUGCUGUUUCAGAGUGUUUCCAGUGAACACACAGGGCUUUGAGAGAAAUAUUUGCUCUGCAAAGGUGCACAAAUACAACAUUUUAUAACUAUAUAAUGUUUACAUAGGAUGCUACUUUGAAGGGUACCGGAUGAGUUUGACAAAUUUCAGGUAUGAAUGUUUUUCAUGGUUUUUGUUGUUGUUGUUAUUGUUUUUUAAACACAACAAACAUAUUCAUUUUUUUUCUCAAUCGGCUGUUAUAGUUUACAAUUCAGUGGGUUUCUUUUCAGAUGUAUUACUGAUAGAUAUAUUAGUUUUUUCUCUCUUGUGAAUGAGGAAGUCAUGUGGGACUGAUGAUGCAGAGUCAUCUGUGACAUGAAGGCCAGAGUAGAGUGUACAGGAAGUGAUGUAAGUGAAGGCCUUUGUUGCCAAUGGAUACAGAAAGGAACGAGGAUGUUGAUGUUUGGGAUUUUGGGAUUGUUUCUUAAAAAUCGGUGAAGAAGAAAAAAUGAUCCGUGGGGUUAUCGGUAUGUUUUUAUAGUGAGAGGUCAGAGAGAGGUCAGACGUCUGGAGAGAUAUUUGGGGAAAAUGUCAGGUGGUUUUUCUCGUGAAGGUAAAUAAGUAAGCUACUUCUGUUUCUAGUGUCUUUUUACCUAGAGGUUUGCAUAUGGGUUCCUUUAGACUGGAUCAAGCUGUCCAGAGCACCGGGUCGUUAGAAGGUGCUUAAGCAAACCUGCCCUUGCAGAGGUAGUGGUCAUCAUUUGAGCUGCUUACCUAUUACAUUUGCAAUAUCUACACAGGUCUUUCAGAAGUGUGUUUGUGUCUGUAUGUUACAGGUUCAAGUGGAAUAAGGUUAGUGUAAUGGGGACAGUCAAGUUAUUAGAGGCAUGUGGAGUUCUGGAUCUUUCUGUGUUAAUUGACCCGGGGAUAUACAUAGAGUUCGCUGUCUAUUAUAAAACAGUGAACUACACACAUGAACUGACAGAGGAAAAGAGAUUUAUGUUGAUUUUCAUUGGGCGAUUGAGCUAGACGACUAUGACGGGGUCCUGUAUACGAGCUCUAUUCCUGAGAACUUUCAUCCGCUGUGUGAAAGAUUUUCUUUAGUGAUUAUCUCCAUCUGGUGGCCAAAAGUGGUAGUACAGUACUCCUGCACACCGUGACAGGUAGUUGUUACUUUUAUUUUGUAGAGAGAAAAGAAAUGAGGGUAGUUGUGCGGUUUCUGUAUACUGAUUUCCAGUUUUGUCUUAAUUUAAAUCAUUAGUUUAUUGUGUUUGCUAUACAAUUAAUUUUUAACCAGUGUAGGUGUCAUGAUAAAAGAUAAGCUCUGUAUCGUUAGAUUAUCUGCCACUGUGGUUUUUCACACUUGAAAAUCAUUUGGAUUUUCUGUUUGAAAAGGGGCUCAGAUUUUGUUUAAAUCUAAAAGUCUUUCGUUUUAGUUUCAAAUUUGUCUGAAUAUGUCUAGGGCCGUUUCAAGCCCUUUUAAUGAGGGUUGAUACAUUAGCUCAUCUAUACUUUCAGCGCUUUCUCUGUUUUGUUCUGUUUUCUGUCAGCUCUAAAACCCUUUUGCUGACGAUGUCAGUGAGAUGCUAAUAUGGGCGGCAGACUCUGGGCUUUCUGCAGGGGAAGAUGGGCCACUGGAGUAAAGCAGACUUAGAUAGCGGAAAACUCCAACCCUGAUUCGGGCCUCAUCUGGGCCAGAACCAGAGGCUCAGGGGCACCAGAGGAAGGGUUUCACACACACACACACACACACACACACACACCAUGCUGCACGUCAAUCCCCGGAGUGCAACUGGCCCUGAGCCAAAUCUGAGUGAGCGUCAGCUCCUCGGGUGACCUUUGGUGUAGGGACGCCCUCUAGUGACCCCUCUACCUGUCGCUUGUCCAAAGAUGCCCCGUGACACCCCCCCCCCCCAAAUGGCCUGAAUGGAUUCUCCCUGUAAGUGCAGGGUGUGCAUUUGAUCCUCUUGUCAGAGCGGACAGCGGGAGAUGAAAUGGGGCGAAAAGCGGGAAAGAUUAGAGAGAGAGCGAGAGCGAUUGUGUGUUACACACGGUGACAGGUGUGUGUUUUGAGCCCUUGUGAUGGCUUGUGUGUGUGUGUGUGUUGUGAAUGUUGUGGCGGCGUAUGUGAGUAGUCUGUCACAGCCAGGCGAUUUGCCUUUAGCUCAGCGACAGGAGAGAGAGCGUCUCCAAGGAGACAAUAGGUCACUGGUGUCCGCUCGAGUCUUCUGCCUCCCCACGCAUGCCAAGCCUUAAACACAGGAGUUGGACUUUGCAUUAAAGCAUGUUAGCAGAUGUUCUGGCAUAGCUAUGACACCAUUGCCUGGCUUCAUGUGUCAUUUAACACGUGCCUCUUUGUCGGAGAUAUGCAUUUAGAAACUUACACAGACUUUGAAGCCACUUGUCACUGCCAUUUGAAUAGAUACUUUUAGCUCAUUCAAAUAAUUAUUUAUUCUUUUUUUCUAUUGCGAUUUCAGAGGUGAUUAUUGUAUUGGUUAGGUGUAUUAUUUAAGAUACCAUAUAUAUUAACUUGCUAUGGCUGGUAACCAUAUGUUCAUCUCAAAUAUCAACAUAGUUAUUUUUGUUUAAUUUUGAACUAUAAUCUCCAUUUCUAUUUGAUAGUUUUGAAAAAUAGACAUAUCAGUUGUUUGUUUCCCUCUGACUUUUCCUCUGCCGGUGAUGCAAUCCUUUAGUUGUAGUCCACAGUGCCUGUGGUGGGUCUGGGGGGUGUAGUUCAUCUGGCCUGUACUAAUGGGAGAGCUCCUGCUCGGUGGAAGCAGCUGGUUUAGUACUGAAGUACCAGUAUGGCGCUAAAGGUCACCGAAAGUUGUUUAUUUGUUGUUGUUUUGUCUCUGUUUUUUUAUGUCAAAACACUUUCUACAUGGAACCACGUCACCUCAGCGAAACUGAAUAAAAACUGACAGACAAGCAAACACAAGUAUCAGACGUGUGUUACUGGCGAUUGGCUGGACACGAUGAUGGACACGCAGAUAGGGUCCCAGUGCCCGUUACAGUGAAAGGGCUGUGUGCUGUGUGCUGCUCUGUUGUCCCAUUUGAGAAGCAGAACAUGUCACAUCCCAGACAAGAGAAACAGGAGCUCCAGCCACAGCGUACCCAUACACGUGUGUGCCAACAGAUGGCGCCAGAUGGACCCAUGGGAUGAGAUUUGAGGCCCCCGGUCUCUGGGAGCUCUCUCAUUGUGUGCCGUCGACACUCGUCUUGGCCAAAGUCUUUUUGGGAACGUGUUAAAGACCAAGUCAGAGAGGUCUUGGAGGCGCUGGUUGCUGCCUCGGUUCAGAGGGGUGGUGGAUAGAGGGCUCCUCGAGCGCCUCUGUGUACACAAAGCACAAAGCUGACAUGUCUCAGUCUAAGUGCAAACAGCUCCAACACAGGUCACUAGAGCAGGGGAGACGCUGCAAACUCACAGUAUUACUCUUUAGAUGCUACCUUGAUAUUCCAAAAAAAAAAUGAUAUAUACUAUUUAAUUUAGUGUAAAUGAAGCCUUUUUUUACCUUUUUUUUUUUGUUUUAGUUUUUUUCCAGAAUCUGCACGUUAGUCCUAUUGUUUAUGUGAUGAAAUGUGUGUUUUCUUUUCUUUAGUUUUUUCUGUUUCAUUUUGUAAACUCAUGCCUCCAUACUGUAAUGGCCCUGCCGCUUUACUGUGCGCUCUUUGGAUUUUUCUAAUUUUUAUUUUGUUUGUUUUUUUUUUUUUUUUUGUUAUUCUCAAGAGCCGGUGUCCUGUAUUGACUGCAGGCUUACAUAUAUAUAAAUAUAUAUUUUAAAAAGAAUAUCUUACGUUUAAAAAAAAAAAACACCAAAAAUUUACUAAAAAGAAUGGGAGAAAGAAAAAAGACAAAAAAUAUGUAAUUUAUAUUUUAGAAAUGCAUGCAAGAGGCUGGGAAGUCAUACUUAGAAUAACAAAUGGCAGUGCCUUUUUUGUACUCAGACAUUUACCCCAAAUGUAAAUGGUUUUAUAUGGACUUUAAAGUGUAAUAAUAUUUCAGAGGAAAGCAACUACAGACGUGUUGGCGGCUGGCGAAUGGUGACAUCAUUACAAACCGCAAGCAUGAUUGGUUCAGUGACAGCAUACUCUCCUGUUUGGGUUGCAGAUGGACGAGAAACAAUUCCUUUUUUUUCGUGCUGGUCCCAGCGAUAUCAGCUUUUUGUGCUUCUGUACUCUGUAGGUACUUUCAAUGCUGAUAUGAAGUAAAGAAUUACACCUGUCUGUACAUCAAACAAACAGAUGUAUAUAUAAAUAUAUAUUAUAUAUAUUUGUCUAUGUGUGUGUCUGUGUGUGUUGGUGUGUCUGUGUGUGUGUGUGUGUGUGUGUGUGUGUGUGUGUGUCUUCUGUAGUUUUGUACAAAUGUCCUCAGAAAACAAAAAUACCAGUAAUGCUGCAACUGGCUUGGCAUGACCUGUAUCAGUGGCUGUUAUUUUUCUUUUCUUUUCCUCUUUCCUUUUUUUGUCUCUCUCCUCUUGGGAAUACUUAAAAUGCCCACCUGGUGUCGUGAGUCCUGGGAACGAGAAGUCUGUAAUUCACUUCCAACACUGAGGCCCCGCGUGCAGUCAGAACACACACACACACACACACACACACACACACACACACAGAUCAGAACAGAUCAGUGUCUACUGGCUCUCCACUGAAGGCCCUUCUAGAGUGUCCAGGGAGAGUCCUCGAAGUCCUCAAAGCACCCAUACCGUUUUAUACCCAGUCCCACCGACCAGUGGUGACAUUCAGUCAAAACUGAUUUCGCUCGCUGCUGAAGUCCAUCAAAAUCCACGGUAUUCGGCCACUAAAGGUCUGAUUGGAUCGUCACCUAAAUAUGUCCAGAUUACACAGACAUAUGCCUAUUCUUAUGGUUCAUAUUUGUCAUGUAUUUCAGUGGAGUCUCUUAUCAUGCGUUGUGUGUUUUAUGAAUGUGCGUAUUCAGUGUGCGUGUGUAUGGGAGUGGAUGCCGUGUGUGUGUUACGUGUGUGUCAUAUUAUGGCAGAACGCUGUGUAUUGUAUGUACAACUGAUGGGAGAGAUGCGGUGUGUAAUCUGUCGGAGAGCUGUCAUGUGAUUCUGAAUGUCCUUUUUUUGUUUUGUUUCUUUGUUGUUCUAUGGGGUCUGUGUUACAUGCUUGAUGUCUUUGUAAUAACCACAGACAUAAAAGUAUUAAAGAGUAACUUUGGAAAAA